GUUAAGAAAUGUAUUAUCUAAGAGGCGUGUUUCUUAGGGAGGAAAAAGCAGACGUUCAAGAUCUUGGAUCAGUUUUUAUGGACACAUUUCGUUGUAAGCAAUAAGGGAUCUAGCACACUCACCAAACUGAGCAGUAAUAAUUGAAACUUAUAUCUUGGCUUCUUUUGUAGAGAAAUAUAUCUGGGUAUUUAAUAGACCUUUUUUUUUCUUAAAACACUCAAGAUGUGGCAGGAAAACUGCAGGAUCAGGCUUCCAGGUGUAAGACUGCUCUUGUCUUUAUUUAUGAUUCAUACUACCAGCCAAGUUCAGGUAAGAGACAGGUGGAGCCUUCAAAGUGAGAGAAUGCUGCACUCUUCCUUUGGACUAUGGACAAAAUGGGGAUCAUGGACUACUUGCUCCAGUUCAUGUGGGGAUGGAGUAGUACUUAGAAGCCGCAAGUGUCUAAGGAUUUCUGUGAAGGACACGUGUGCCGGAGAGCUACGACAAUACAAAUCCUGUCAGUCCAAGAAGUGCCCUGCAGAUUCUGUGCCUUUCAGAAAUGUGCAAUGUGCUGUCUACAACAACAGACCAAUACCAGGUUCAUCUGAGCAAACAUACAACUGGGUGCCUUUUUAUGGAGCUUCCAAUGCCUGUGAUUUAAACUGUUUGGCUGUUGGAUAUAACUUUUAUUAUACCUUUGGGCGAGUACUUGAUGGAACCAGCUGUGGAGCAGACUCUGCCGGUACCUGCAUCAGCGGCAAUUGCCUGACAGCAGGCUGUGAUGGUGUUCUGGGAUCUGGAGAGACUGUUGACUGUGGAAGUUGCAGUGGCAAGAUAGACUCCUGCAUUUUUAUCUGGAAUGUUUUCCGGGACUCUUAUCCCUCUAAAGGGUUCUUUCAAUACAAAAAUGUAACACGGAUUCCAGCUGGUGCAUUACAUAUUAAGGUGAAAGACCAAAGCCGCAAUAUUUUAGCCCUGAUGAGCCUGAGCAAGGGUUAUCAGAUCAAUGGAAAUUGGGCCAUGUCCAGGCCAGGAGUUUACACGGUAGCAGGUACAGAGGUCCGUUAUGGUCAUAAUGGCAGUCAUGAGUUCCUAGAAGCACCAGGACCUACAAAUGAGGACUUAUAUAUUCUGGUACUCUUUCAAGUGCAGAACCCAGGCAUUGAAUAUGAGUAUUGGCUACCAAAGGACAAGUACUUUAGUAUCCAGAGGGAUUUACAAAGACAAGUUCCACCGCACCCCAGGGAUGCAGCUUUGCAUGCCUGGGUACGCACGCCUGCAUCUGGCAGUGAUGGAAAAACAGUGAGGACAGAAAAAAAGCUAGAUGAUCCUUCUAAUGUAAAAACAGAAGGGUGUGGAAAGUGUGUACCAUUCAAACGAAAAUCUCAAAGGAAGAAGCAUUAUUGCCAGAGUGAUUUUGUGAUCCGUGUCAAGAUUUUGGGGAGAAGAAAAAUGGGUCUGGAGACACGGUACGACAUAAAUGUGAAGCACGUGUUUAAAAACAAGUUUCCUCUUGUACACCGUGAAUAUAUUUGGGUAUCAAACCAGUGUGACUGUCCCAAACUUGAAGAUAAUCAAGAAUAUAUAAUGAUGCCUUCAAGACAUGUAAACCAUGAGCGCACUCUAAAUAGAAUCCUGCUCUCCCCAAAUAGUUAUAUCAGGCCAUGGUCACAGCAAGAGGACCAGCAGAUGCAGCGCCUAAACAGAUUAUGUCGAUUGUCCUCUUGAGGACUCUCCACAACAGCAUCUUUGUUGUACAUGCAGAUGGAGAGAGGUGAUGGGCCCAAACCAGUAAAAGAAAUGAGAAAGAAAUCGAUUCGAAGAGACUUAAAGUCUGGCAAUUGCAAGUGUGUAACAAAAAAAAAUAUUAACUGGAAUUCUUACCUUUUUUUUUUUUUUUAUAACAUGCACAAGCCAGGAAUAAAACAAAUUAUUUUAAAAGUUGUGUCACAGUAUGAGGCUGCCAAAUGUUGCAGCUUGUGUCCUUAACCUAAUGUAUAUAACAUGUAAAACACAUUACUAAUGAAAGCCCAGACAAAGGUAAUCUAAAGCAGAUUCAAGCGUCGCUGCUAGAACUAAUGCUUUUGAUGCAACUUAAUUUCUUAUUACUUCUUUCACUUUUUGUUUUUUUUUAACCUAAUAUGUGCUAUGGUAAUCAUGAAAUGUAAUGCAUACACAUUUUUUUUGUGGAAAUUAUUACCAUUUUUUUUUACUAUUUAUUACUAUUUUAAGGUCCUGGAAAAAUUUAAAGGCAUUAGAAAACACUGUAGUGGAUUUAUAUGGUGAUUACUUGUACUGUAUAUCUGAAAAACUAAAAAUAUGGAUGGUGCUUUUAAAUGUUUUGUAUAAAGGAAAGUGCUUUUACAAUUA